UCUUCUCCUUCUUCUGAUCAUUCUGCCAGUAUUAACACAUACUUCAUAUUUCCAACUACGUACAACCCCACAAAAAUGUGCCCCUCAAAGGCCAACAAAGUCACUGUAGGCCUAGAACCCACCGCUACCGCCACCGCUACCGCCAUGACCACGGCCAAGCUCAAUGGCCGGCUGGUCCUUCAGCCCACCUGCAACCGAGUCCCAACCCUAGAGAGAAGAAGCUCGAUCAAGAAAGUGCCGCCAAAGCCACUUUCUGUAAGCAGCAAGACCACCACUACUUCUGCUCCAGUUUCUCCAAAGUCAAAGUCUCCUAGGCCUCCUGCUAUAAAGAGGCCAGGCAACAAUAAUGAUAGUAAUAGCUUGAACUCAAGCUCUGAGAAAGUUGUGACCCCAAGAAGCUCCAUGAUUAAAACUAGUUCUCGUCCUACCUUGGAGAGGAAGAAGUCAAAGAGCUUCAAGGAGGGGUCUGCCGUGGUGGAGGCUUCGUUCAGUUAUUGUUCGUCGUUGAUCACUGAGUCUCCUGGAAGUAUUGCUGCUGUGAGGAGGGAACAGAUGGCUCUUCAGCAGAAACAGAGAAAGAUGAAGAUCGCUCAUUAUGGAAGAUCCAAGUCUGCCAACUUUGAAAGAGCUCCUCUUGUUGAUAAUUCUUCUUCUUCUUCCUCGGACUCUUUGAUCACCACAAAACCAAAUGAGGAGGAGAAGCGAUGCAGCUUUAUCACAGCCAAUUCUGAUCCCAUUUACGUUGCUUAUCAUGAUGAAGAAUGGGGAGUUCCAGUUCAUGAUGACAAAAUGUUGUUCGAACUUCUUGUUCUAAGCGGCGCUCAGGUUGGAUCAGAUUGGACCUCAAUCUUGAAGAAACGUCACGAUUUCAGGAAAGCGUUUUCAGAAUUUGAUGCAGAAACUGUGGCGAACUUGAGUGAUAAGCAAAUGAUGUCUAUCAGCUCUGAAUAUGGCAUUGAUAUUAGCAGAGUCCGAGGCGUUGUUGAUAAUGCUAACCGAAUUUUAAAGAUUAACAAGGAGUUUGGUUCAUUGGACAAAUACAUAUGGGGGUUUGUGAACCACAAACCCAUCUCAACUCAAUACAAGUUUGGCCACAAAAUCCCAGUGAAGACCUCAAAAUCAGAAAGCAUUAGUAAAGACAUGGUACGAAGAGGGUUCAGGUUCGUUGGUCCAACCGUGGUUCAUUCAUUCAUGCAAGCAGCUGGCCUCACCAAUGACCACUUAACCACUUGCCACAGACACUUGCAAUGCACUAUCCUUGCAGCUCCCAGCCCCAUCAUCCGUACCACCAUAGAGACCCCUACUCCACAGUGAACAUUAAUUCCCAAGAGAGAAGAAAGUGUUGGAACUGCCAGCAAAAAACAAACAUAAUAUAUGGUUCGAGUCGUGCUUGGAGACACUGUUGAUUGACCCAAAAAAGCUCAACAUACAAAUGCUUCUAUAGCCUGCUAACUAUAGUUCAAUUUCAUCAGUACUUGUAUUGUGCAUAAAAUUAUUAGGCAAAAGAUGUUUUCAUUGUACUUAGCUUAUUAGUUGGUGAAGUUUGAGAGUGAAGAUUUUAUUCUUAGAUAUAGAGUAGGAGCUUCUUGUAUAAUUUUAUUACUGCUAUGUAUUUGGAGAGAGUAAUUAAUGACUAAGAGACUAUGUAUUAAAUGAGUUGAAUCCCAAUGAAUAUUUGGAGAUAUUA